GGGCGCCAAACUCAAAGCGCAAGAUGGCGGCGGAACUCCUGUUCAACUGUGAGGUGUGUGUGCAGGUGCGGAGCCAGGCCUGCGAGGAGAGGAGAUUAAAUGUUCGAGUGAAUGUUGAGCUGCUGUCAAUUUCUAACCCUGUUCAUAAAAAGGAUUUGGCUGUGAGACUGACUGAUGAUGCUGAUCCUUUUUUCCUUUAUAACCUUGUCAUAUCUGAGGAAGACUUUCAAAGUUUAAAAUCCCAGCAAGGUCUCUUGGUGGACUUCUCUGCUUUCCCACAGAAGUUUAUAGAUCUGCUUCAACAAUGCAUUCAAGAACAGAACAAAGAUAUCCCAAGGUUUUUGCUGCAGUUAGUUUAUUCAGGAUCUGUUCUAGAUCACACACCUGUCUCUUUAAAUGUAGUGGAGACCAACCCUUUCAAACAUCUUACCCAUCUCUCUCUAAAAUUCCUACCGGGAAAUGAUGCAGAAAUAAAGAAAUUUUUAGCCCGCUGCUUGAAGUGCCUUAAGGAAGACAAAAUGACAUUGGAAGAUAAGCUUAGGAAAACUGAAGAGGAUUUUACCAGACAACUGAGCUACACUCAACAAAGCUUGUCAGAGAAGAGCCGAGAACUGGACAAACUGAAAAAUGAAUGGACAUCGUACACUGCUGCUCUGACAAGCAAACACACACAAGAGCUGACAGCUGAGAAGGAAAGAGCUCUCCAGGCACAAACUCAGUACCAACAACAGCACGAACAACAGAAAAAGGAAUUGGAAAGUUUGCAUCAGAGGAGUAUCCAACAGUUGCAGAAUAGACUCUCGGAACUUGAGGUCAUCAAUAAAGAUCUAACAGAAAGGAGAUACAAAGGAGACUCUACAGUCAGAGAACUGAAAGCAAAGCUUUCUGGAGUUGAAGAUGAAUGUCAAAGAGCCAAGCAGGAGGUAGUGUCACUGCGUCGGGAGAACACCACUCUGGAUGCUGAAUGUCACGAAAAAGAGAAAUUCAUUAACCAGCUACAGACCCGGGUUGCUGUUCUGGAACAAGAGAUCAAAGACAAAGAUCAGCUGGUUAUUAGAACAAAAGAAGUGCUAGAUGCGACACAAGAACAAAAGGUGAUACUGGAGGAGAAUACAGAGAAAAAACAAAGUCAUAUUGAAAAGCUUGAAACAACAAUUAAGUCGCUGUCAGCUGAACUUCUUAAGGCUAAUGAAAUUAUCAAGAAGUUACAAGGAGAUUUGAAAACUCUAAUGAGUAAAUUAAAAUUGAAAAAUACAGUAACAAUUCAACAAGAGAAACUAUUAGCAGAAAAAGAAGAGAGACUUCAAAAAGAACAGAGAGAACUGCAGGAGACUGGACAAUCUCUUCGAAUGAAAGAGCAGGAGGUUUGCAAGUUACAAGAACAGCUAGAAACUACAAUACAGAAGCUGGAAGAAAGUAAGCAGUUAUUGAAAACUAACGAAAACGUAAUCACGUGGCUAAACAAACAGCUGAAUGAAGUUCAGAUGUUGAAGAGGAUGGAGACUCCCAGCAGCAUGCAUGGUGGCAUUAGGACUGCCCUGUCACCUCACGGCAUGCUUGAGCGACCUUCCUUUCCCAGCUCAGGAAUCAGUCAUACCAUUUCUCCCUUCUACGCCUUCCAGAAGUUUGCAGAACCAGCGCAUAACAAAAACCCAAGCCCCCACUGUCCAGUACCGAAGAUUCAAUUUAACUCGCAGGUUUCAAAAAUAGAUCAGCAUUCAGAUGUUCAGGUAGUGACUGCAGCAACUGGUCAUCCAGCAAAUAAGGAAAACGGUGAUAACUUGGGGCUGGAAUCCAAGUAUUUCAAGAAAAAAGAAGAUAGCAUUCCUUUACGAAGGGCUUAGUCAAAAUACACUUAACUCAGAGAACUUGAAACCCUACUUACCAAAAGUCCAGCCAUCACUACCAGCUGCAGUGACAACAACCUCAGCUUAUUUUCCAGGAUAGUAGCCAGGGAUACUAAGAAUUAUCUUUUAACUGUUCAGGGGAUCUGAAAAUGUCCUGUACUGACCUAAGUAAAAGUAUCAGGGUGAACUGACAAUUUUGUCUGAAUCAGUUUUCUUUGAGAAAGAUAUCUUAUUUGGAUGCCUUUUCAGCUGAUUCAGAAAAGAUAGAGCUUUAAGCAGCCUCAACCUUAAUGGUAACACCACUGUACUUUAGUCACUGAAUUAAGUGCUGUAUUUUCUCCUGGCCUGUAGUCUUCCAGAAAAGAAGUCAGUGCCACUUACUUGGGUUUUGUUACAGUAUUUGACAAGUGUGACUCUCUAAUUGUAUUCUCUGGUAUUCUCUGAUAGGCAACAUGAUUUCUUAUAAUGCUUUCCUCUAGUUCUUUCGGAGAAAGGAUAUUACAAAUAAACAGCCCAGAAAGUGCUGGAGAACUAUUUUAAUAACAGUCAAGCUUGUGAGUUAGCAUGACCCCUUCCUCUCUUGCAGUUUUAAUUUUGAAACCUUGCUUAAUUUGAAUUGCAUGUGGAUUUAUAAAUAAUAAAAAUAAAUAAAUAAUGGAAGAUCCUAAAUGAUCUAUACCUUCAGUGAAAACUACGGUUUAAAGAUCUCAGCCUGGGUUGCCCUAACUUCUUACCUAUCUGUCAGUAUUACAUUCCUGACAACCAAGCAGUAAAUACUAUAAAACAACGUAUCUGAAUGUUGUAACAGAUGAACUAAAGCUGUCUUGUAGUCUCCCUGCUUUACAAAUGUAAUAUUGCACAGAAACCUACUGUAAAUAUUCCAACAUUCAAACUGCAAUGGACUAAAUCUAUUCAGCACAUUCUACUAUCUAGGUUGAAAUGCUAGAAUCAUGUAACUAUAUUUCAUUCUUAAAUAUGGCAGGCAAGUACUUGGAACAUCCAAAAUACACUGUUAUUGUAGAGACUGUCUACAUACUUCUGUUUUUAAAGAUACUUCAUACCUUAGAUAUUUAACUGCAGCUGAGGACUGUAUAUUUAAGGGGAUUGUUUUGCAGUGUGAAAUGUGUGUAUUUGUUUAUAAUCAGCACUGUGUUUAUGUAUAUCCAUUUGUUUUGAAAUGUACAUGCUUCUGUAGAAAUAUUAAAAGUUUAUCAAAAACUCUGAAAA